AUGAUGGACAAGUUACUGAUACCCCAACAAGCGACCCCCAUCUACCGCCCCCUCAGCACCCCAGCCCUACCUGGGUCUCAGAACGACCCCCACCGCCCCCUCACCCCCAAGCCCCCUGCUGUGCUGGGCUGCCCAUUAGCCAGGAAGAGACGUCUGGCGGAUGCUGAGGCAGAGCAGGAGCAGCCAUCUUCUAAAAGGAAGUCCCACCCUCUAAAGCUGGCCAUGGACGAGGGCUUCAGCGUGGACAGUGAUGGGAGCAGCGARGACGAGGUGGAGGGGGAGGCCAGGGAGGAGGAAGAGGAGGAGAAGGAGAAGGAAGAGAAGACAGAGGAACAGCCACAGGCACAGCAGGAAGAAAAGCCAGAGGAGGAGCAGGAGGAAGAGGAGGAAGAGGAGGAAGAGGAGGAGAAAGUGACAGAGCAGAAAGAGGAGAGCAUAGAUGCAGAUGAAGAAGAAUGCAUGAUCAUUGAGCCGGGAUCCAGUAAAACAACAUGUAAAGCUGAGGAGGGGGAAUGGCCUAAGAGAGCGGACUACUCCAGCUACCAUCARAUCCUAGCCAACUCUCUACUAUACCUGGGAGGAGUCCCCGACACCGCAGAGACCACCUCACAGGAGCCCGUUACCAUGGAGACAGAGAAGGAUAUCACAGCUGUGGAGCACGCCACUGUGGCAGUGGAACACCCAGUAGAGGAGGAGGAGGAGGAAGAGGAGGAGGAGGAAGAGGAGGAGGAGGAAGAGGAGGAGGAGGAGGAAGAGGAGAUUGAGGAGACAAGGGAGGCUGUGACACAGAGAACCUUUGAGCACCCGUAUUUCACUGGAGACAUUCACCAGCAGCAGGACAAGGCUGAGGAAGACGAGGAGGAGGAAGAGUAUGAAGAGGAGAGGAGAGAAGCAGAGCACCAGCCACAGGAGAUCCUGGAUGAAGAGGAGGAGGAAGAUGACAUUGAGGAGGUGGAUGAGAGAGUGCACCCUGUCGUCCUGCCCACCUCUACCUCCAUUAGCAGCAAUGCAGCAGCUCAGGGACCAGCCACACAGGGGGACAGAACUACAGAGCACUACAUGCCCAAAAGGACCAGCCUCCUGGAGAACUACAAUUCCCACAGGACCAGCCCACGGGAGAACUACAACCCCCMCAGGACYAGCCUCCUGGAGAACUACAACCCCCACAGGACCAGCCCACUGGAGAACUACAACCCCCACAGGACCAGCCCUCUGGAGAACUACAAUCCCCACCGAGACAGCCCCUUACAGCACUACAUCUCCCAUAAGGCCUCAGCAGCCUCUGACAUAAUCGAGGUGCGCUCAGAGGAUUCGGGGAAGGACUAUGAAGAUGAAGAUGGUGAUGAGGAGGAGGAGGAGGAGGAAGAUGAUAGUUUGUCUCAGAGGUGGACGGAUGAGUCAGAGACGUAUGAUAUGACCCGGGGGAAUCUGGGGCUCCUGGAGCAGGCCAUCGCCCUGAAGGCAGAACAGGUGAAGGGKCCUCGCGACGUCCUCCUCCUCCGUCACCCCGYCGUCACCCCGGAGCUCCACCACCGCUACUUCAGCAUGGACGACCGGCCCAAACACCUGAACGCCAUGCGCAACAGCUGCUUCAGCAGCAAAGCUAUCCUCCCCAUUGGCAGUGAGCUGGGGAAUACAGGCAGACAGGGUUGUAGGGGAGAGCCUCACGAGUAUCUGCCUCUCAGGCCUUACGAGUCUCUGUCUCUCAGGCCUUACGAGUCUCUGUCUCUCAGGCCUUACGAGUCUCUGCCAUGUGUAGACAACAUGUCAUGGCUCACUGCCAGUGGCUGGAGGGAUAUCUUGAGGGAGAGAUAG